AACACGGCCUUAGAGGGUCAGCAACCUUCCCCACAGGGAACGUUUUACAUAUUAAUGAUGCACCAAAUUCAGAAGAGGCUGUGUGGUUGUUAUCUGUGAGGUCAUACAGUCUGAAGUGACCAUGAGAGAGGCGGUGGGAGCGGAGAGAAGAGCGCUACAGCGACACGGACGGAGCCGCGGCGAGUGAGCGAACAGCAGCAGAAAAAGCUCCAGCUCCUGCUGACAUUUUAUAUCCCGACAGAGCUGCUGAAAGACGGUGAAAUAGAGCGCGGGGAUGCCGGGGAUGAUGGAUAAAGGGCCGGAGUAUCUGGGUAAAGGUCGCUCCAACGGUACCAAGAGUCCGUCCAACGCCUCGAACGGACAUUUUUCCGACGAGAGCGGCAGCGACGACGAACACGAUGUGGGCAUGCGGGUCGGAGCCGAUUAUCAAGCCAACAUUCCAGAGUUUGAGCCCGGUUCCACGAAGUACACAGAUAAAGACAGUGGAGGGAUGUUGGUCUGGUCUCCCUAUCACACCAUUGUCAACUCCAAAUUGGAUGAAUACAUUGCUAUAGCCAAAGAGAAGCAUGGAUACAACGUGGAGCAGGCUCUCGGGAUGCUCUUCUGGCACAAACACAACAUAGAGAAGUCUCUGGCCGACCUGCCCAACUUCACCCCGUUUCCAGACGAGUGGACAGUGGAGGACAAAGUGCUGUUCGAACAGGCCUUCAGCUUCCAUGGAAAGAGCUUCCACCGUAUCCAGCAGAUGUUACCGGACAAAUCCAUCUCCAGUCUGGUGAAGUACUACUACUCCUGGAAGAAGACUCGAUCCAGAACCAGUCUGAUGGACAGACAGGCUCGCAAACUGGCCAACAGGAGCAACCAUGAUGACAGUGAUGAGGAGAUGGAGGAGGCCAAUCCUAUUGAAGCCAAUGACAGCGACUAUGACCCCAACAAGGAAACCAAGAAAGAGAACCAGGUGGAGCCAACGGUGCCAGGCUCUAAGGUGGCCCUGGGUCGGCGGGAGCACCAGACUCUGCAGCACCGACACCACCAGCGCUCCCGCUGCCGCCCCCCCAAAGGCAUGUACCUGACCCAGGAGGACGUGGUGGCCGUGUCCUGCAGCGCCUCCGCCGCCGGCACUCUCCUCCGUCAGUUGGACAUGGAGCUGGUGUCCCUCAAGAGACAGGUGCAGAAUGCCAAACAGAUGAACAGCGGACUGAAACACAUGCUGGAGUCUGGGAUCGAAGAGUUCAGGCUGCCUGAGUGCAACCAGAAGGUGAACGCCCGCUGGACCACAGACGAGCAGCUCCUGGCUGUUCAAGGGGUCAGAAAAUACGGAAAAGACUUCCAGGCCAUCGCAGACGUCAUCGGUAACAAGACGGUGGGUCAGGUGAAGAACUUCUUUGUGAACUACCGGCGGCGGUUCAACCUGGAAGAAGUGCUGCAGGAGUGGGAGGCUGAGCAGGGAACACGAGCUCCCAACAGAGACAGCGCCACCUCUGGAGAGGAGGGGAAGAACAGCUCCACCACUCCAUCAGGGAAGAGCACCGAUGAGGAGGACGAAGAGGGUCAGGUGAGCUCUUCAGGUGCGUCUCCUGCAGCCUCCUCUUCUUCUUCUUCAGCUCACACUGCAGUGACAUCCAGCACCUCCUCCUCCCUCCACCAGCCCCCUCCCCUCCUGCGGCCACCCCUCAUCCGCCCCUCCAACCCGCUGCCACCCCGCCUCAACCCCCGACCUCCUGCUCCAAUGACCCUUGGCGGAAACCUCGGGGGGUCAGGCCCAGGGUCCACCCAGCAGUCCUCCGGCCUGGCCAUUCAUCAGUCAGAGACGGCCUCGUCUUCCUCGCUCCACUAACAAACCAUGUUUCAUUUGAAGUGACAGGAGAUAUAAAAUGUUCAGUCUCAGUGUGAAGCUGUGUGCAGGGCUGCUGCGUUCAGGUCCUGUGGGAAAAUCUCUGUGACUUCCUGCUUCCAAACAACUGCAGCAAUUUUCCCUGAUCUUACCACACCUCAACAUAAUAGUGACACUUUAUUUUUAUUUUGUUAAACUGUGGUAGUAGUUAAGGUUUUUCCCACAGGACUUACAUGUAGUGAACCCACUAGUUUGAGAAGCAUCUGGUUUUAAAAUCUUGUUUUUAAAAUAGGUUUGACUAGAAGUCAUUUAGUCUUUAGACAUCUAUCACAGAAAGUGUGUGGAUCAGCAAAUCAGAGUCUUUCAUUCAUCGACCAAUCAUCACCUAACACGUGGCAUCCCACAGGGUUCAACCUCGGGCCCCUUCUCUUUCCCCAUCAGUAUGCCUUCACUCGGACAUUAUUGCAUUAACUAAACAAAAAAGACACACAGUAGAAAUGGAAGCAAGUCAGAGCCACUGAUUUAUUCUCUCAUCAACUGCUCUGAGGUUCCAAUAAGCCUGAGGCUAUACAACCAUGCUAGCAGCUCUGUGGUGAGGCUGCACUUUGGCUAUGUGCUUAGUUCACUCUGAGCUGCAUGCUAACAUGGUCAUAAUGCUAAUAUACUGACGUAUAGCAGCUAUGUUUACCAUGUUUGCCAUCUUAGUUUAGCAAGUUAGCAUACUAAAAUUUACAAAUUAGCACUAAACACAAAGUACAGAUGAGGUAAAUGGGAAUGUUAUUGUUUUUGCAGUAUUUGGUCAUAAACCAAAGUACUGGACAAAUUAAUGAUGGUGACAAUAAAGGAAAAGUCAGAGCAAAGUGAUUACAACCAUCUUUCACGACGAUUCGGUUCAAUAUUUGAGCUAUUUCCAUGUGGGCCAACGUCCACAGAGCCAGAAAGCUGGAUGUUCCAUUAAAAUCAAAUUCAUCCAAAUCAGAAACGACGACCUGCUAAUUUUAAGGUCUAAAAAUACAACAAAUCAGGAACUUGAAUCACUUUGUUUAAUGAUGAAGUUUUAGUUUGAUCAAUUUAAUUUUGCCAUCAUCUUUUAGAAGUUGUAAUCCUCGUCCCACUGUCAGGACUCACCGUUAUCUCGGCCUUGAUGAUGAAACCUUUACAUUUCAAUGACACUAUGACUUCUCCUGUGGCGCCACCCUCAGGACAAACUUUACUUGUUUAGCUCCACUACAGGUGAGACUCAGAGUCAGCAGGAUGUUACUUUAGACCAUAGCUGAACAAACAACAGAUGUUUGGGGGGGGUUACACACUGGUGCCAGCCUGUAUUCUACUAGUCUGCAUGUGCAGAGUCAAACCGACAAACUCAACACUUUGCCUUCCUGUCUGUGGGCCACUGGUUCCUGACGAA